UGAACGUAUCUUCAAUGUCAAAGUCAGACGGUGUUUGUUGCUCGUGAUUUUGUGACUUUCCUCUGCAGUUUUCCCCUCGAUUUUCCCUGAGAAUUUGAGCUUAUUGGCUGCCGAUUGACCCACCAUGUUUUCAAAUUGUGCCAGAAAUAUCAAUCCACGAUGCCUCCUCAAGAUUCUGAAAUUCAAUAGUCCCGCCGUGCCCAAGGCUUCUCUGUCUACGGAGGCAUCAUUUGAGUUUAAUGAAUUCAAGCUGCAUAACCUGGAACAAGGGCCAAAGACAAGCACCACCGUAACGAAGGAUGAUGCCAUUGAUUACUACUCUAAAAUGUACACCCUUCGUCGUCUGGAGACCCUGGCUGGGAAUCUCUACAAGGAGAAGAUCAUUCGUGGCUUCUGCCAUCUCUACUCGGGUCAGGAGGCAUGUGCUGUGGGCAUGCAUGCAGCUAUGCGCCCUGAAGAUUCCAUAAUCACAGCCUAUCGCUGCCACGGAUGGACUCAUGUAAUGGGAGUCUCAGUUCUGGGGGUGUUGGCAGAGCUUACGGGGCGCGAAAGUGGGUGCUCGAGGGGAAAAGGUGGUUCCAUGCACAUGUACGCCACAAAUUUCUUCGGAGGAAAUGGUAUUGUGGGUGCUCAGGUGCCCUUAGGCGCAGGGAUUGCCUUGGCGAACAAAUACCUCCGUGGAAAGGGCACCUGCUUCGCCCUCUACGGCGAUGGAGCUGCCAAUCAGGGGCAAGUCUUUGAGGUGUACAACAUGUCGAAGCUCUGGAAGGUCCCUGUAAUCUACGUCUGUGAAAAUAAUGGCUAUGGUAUGGGGACAAGUGCGGAGAGAGCUUCAGCGAAUAUAAAUUACUACACACGCGGGGACUUUGUUCCUGGAAUCUGGGUCGAUGGGAUGGAUGUGUUGGCCGUGAGGGAAGCUGCACGCUUUGCCAUUGAGCACUGUGAAUCGGGCAAGGGACCCAUUAUCCUCGAGACAGCCACGUACCGCUACUCCGGGCACUCUAUGUCAGAUCCCGGUACGAGCUAUCGUUCGCGCGAUGAAAUUCAGGAGGUACGACAAACCCGUGAUCCAAUCACGUCGUUCAGGGAGAAGAUUCUCAAUGCGGAACUCAUUGAUUUGGAUGAGUUGAAGGGGAUUGAGGCAAAAAUCCGCAAUACUGUGGACGAGGCGGGGAAGAAGGCCAAGGCUGAUAAGGAAAUCUCACUGGAUGAACUCACAACGGACAUCUAUGCGAAUCCUGAGCAUUUGCAAUCUGUCCGUAAUGUGACACCACUAAAUGCUCUCCAACACAAACGCCUAGGUCCCGCAGUUAAUUUAUAAUGAGACAAAUGGGAGAAUGACUAAUCUUCCCUGUCAUCGGUAAGGUAAUGCAUUCAUCUUCCUUUAUGAAUAUACUGAAUUCCCUCCCCCAAUUUGCUCAUUCAUCUCAACACUUGGUAUAGAUAAAAUCGAUUAAAUUUUCUUUUUAAACUUAAAGCACAUGAAUUACUUAAUGGGCCCAUAAAGACGUGAAAUUUUCUGAUAAUAUUUGGAAAUAAAAGGAUUUAUUAAAAAAAAUGGUUAAAUGUGGUGAAAUUGUGGAAAUUCUCCGACUGAGUUUCAUUGGACACUUCUCCCGGAGAAUCAAACAAUCUUCCAUACUUCUCCUAGGACUAACUAUUUUAUUUUUCAUUUUUUAAGUAAAUAAUGAAAAUUUUCACGUUCUAUGAGCAACUUCAGGCUAAUUCAGAACAUUUAAAACUUUUUUAAUGCAUUUUUAUCAUGCAUUUCAUAACAAUUAUAGAUACUUUUUAAUAAAAUCACGAGAGAUACAUAAAAGGAAAAAAAGAUGAACCCUUUUGAAGGGAAGUUUUUAUUAAUUUUUGCAUUCACAUUCUGUGUUCCUUACAAACUAAAAGUUUGUUUUCCAUUUGCAAUGAUCCUGUAUAUAUUGAAAAAAAAAAACAAAAAUUUAGAAAUAAAAAGGUGUAUUAAAUACCAAA